AUGAAAAGAGAAAGAGAGAGUGAUAUAAAUGAAUUAGAGGAAGAGGUAGAAGAAGUUGACGAAGAAGAGGUUGACAAAGAAGAAGCCGAUGAAAAUGGAUUAGAGAUGGAGGAUGAUGACGGUGAUGUAGAAAUGGAAAAUGGAAAUGAACAAGAAAAUGGAGACAAUGAUGAUGAUGAUGAUGAUGGUGGUGAUGAUAAAGAAAUGAAAGAAAAACAACACGCUCAAAAAGAAAAAGAAAAAAGAAAGAUGACAGAAAGGCUGGCAGAUAGAUUCAUUAGAACGAUGUCACAGACAUUCAUUCAAUCAUAUAGCCAUGGUCGUAUAUCAAGAGAUCGUUUGAGAAACUACUACUUUGAAGCGAUACAAUCAAUCAGUCACGAACAAAUCAAAGAGUUGCUCUUCAAGGUGAAGGCAUGGAAUACCUUUUUCUACUUGGUGAGACAGUCACUCGAGUUCAAAGACGAUGCCGAAACACAAGAAGAACCAGAGGAAUUACAACAGCAACAACAACAGCAACAAUCGGAAAAGACAGAAACUGGACAUAAAAAAUCAAAAGGUGUACCAGCUACCUCCAAGAUUUCAUACGACACAGUAAAGACUAUCGAUAAUCUCAUUCGUCUGAAUUGCAUAGGUGCAGAGGAAUCACUAGAAGAGAUUAUCGAUAAUAAUAAUAACAGUACAAACAAAAAGAAUAACAAUAACAAAACAAAUAAUCUUUACGAACAAAUUAUACUUAGCGACCAACAAACAUCUUUAACAACAUUAAUUUUCAAUCAUCAUAUCAAACAUCAGUCAACCUCCAACACUGUAGAGCUGCUUUCAAACCUUAACAACCUAACAAUUUCAUCAAACAAAAUAUAUCAUACCAAUUAUAUUUCAAAUAUUACAGAGUUAAUUUCAAAUAUUGAUUAUAAAAAUAUAAAGUUAGUUGAACAAAGUUAUGAACAGUUAAAGAAAUACAUUAGUAGUGCAGUACUACCGAAUAUCAUAAAAUGUGAAGAGAAAUCAUAUGAGAGUAAAUUUGUAUUGUUGGCAACAGAGCUUUUGAAAUUGUCUUUGGCUCUCAGUGCACAGAAUAGCAAGCGUUCCUAUCAAAUCGAUUAUACCAUCAUCAAUAUGAUGUUGGGUAAAACCAAAUUCCUUGGAAAGCUUACCAGUAUUUUGACAUCGUUCGACUUUGGUGUUGCACCGUUCCUCGUCAAUCAAAAAGAUGGUAUCAUCUCAAAGUUAAUCACCAAAUUCAUGGAUACAUCUGAUCUCACUCCACCAAACACAGCUAUCUCAUAUAUCAAAUCUAGAAUUCUUUUAGAGAAAACAAUUCAAUUGUUUAACAUUACCAAAGACUCUAUGUUGUUGAAAUUAAAGAUUGCUUCGGCUUCUUUGUUACCACCACUCGUAUUAAUACAAUACAUCAACAAACAUAAAGAUCUUUUGUUCACAAAGACAACUUCAUCACUCUCCAACAACGAUAUCGUUAAAGCAUUACGUUCAUCUAAAAUGGAUACAAUCUUAAAGAUUGAAGAGCACAUGAAUAAUAAUGAAGAAGGAAUUGAAGAACCAAGUGAUGACGAUGAACAAGAUGAUGAUGAGCUCGAUAUCACUAUUAACAAGACCGGAAAUAACAAAGAUGACAACAACAGCGACGAUGAAGAAGAUGAAGAUAAUGAAGAUAAGAAACCAUCUGAAGAAUCAUCUAAACUUUUGGAAUCAUUAUUAGAUGGUCUAAGUGACGAAGAAGAAGAAGAAGAAGACGAUGAAUAA